CGGCACUGUAAGCUUGCAUCUGAAACUACGCAGUCUAAAGGUUGCCCAAUUCGCUAAAGGGGCACAUGAUGGCUUUGCCGUUUUAUCAGAGAUCCCACCAGCACUAUGAUCUCAGCUACCGUAACAAGGACCUUCGCACCACCGCGAGCCAUUACCAGCAGGAGAAGAAGCGUUCCGCCAUCUACACCCAGGGCUCCACAGCCUACAGCACCCGCUCCUCAGCUGCGCACCGCCAGGAAUCGGAAGCCUUCAGCCAGGCGUCCGCCUCCUCCUACCAGCAGCAGGCCUCUCAGGCCUACAGUCUUGGGACCGCGCAGUCCUCCCUGAGCUCUGAAGUCAGUCGGAAGGCGGCCUCAGCCUAUGACUAUGGCUACUCCCGUGGACUUACAGAUUCCAGUCUGCGGUUAGACGAUUAUUCAUCCAAGUUGAGCACCAAAACAAAGAGAGCCAAGCACAGCCUUCUGUCUGGAGAAGAGAAAGAAAAUCUACCAAGUGACUACAUGGUGCCUGUUUUCUCGGGACGUCAAGUGCAUGUCAGUGGAGUUACAGAUACGGAAGAAGAAAGAAUUAAAGAAGCUGCCGCUUACAUAGCCCAAAGGAACCUUCUUGCUAGUGAGGAAGGAAUCAUAACAUCUAAACGGUCCACAGCAUCCAAACAGUCCACAGUAUCCAAACAGUCCCGAGCAUCCAAACAGUCUGUGGAAUCCAAACAGGCUACGUCCACUCUCCAACAGGAGGAAACUUUUGAAAAGAAGUCAAGGAAAGUUGCAAUUCGAGAAAAGGCAGAACGCCUGUCACUGAGAAAAACAUUAGAAGAAACCGAGGCAUAUCAUGCCAAGUUGAAUGAAGACCAUCUUCUGCAUGCUCCUGAGUUUAUCAUUAAACCUCGUUCCCACACAGUUUGGGAGAAAGAGAAUGUAAAAUUACACUGCUCCGUAGCAGGCUGGCCAGAACCUCGUGUCACUUGGUAUAAAAACCAGGUGCCAAUCAAUGUCCAUGCAAACCCUGGAAAGUAUAUUAUUGAAAGUCGAUAUGGAAUGCACACUCUGGAGAUUAAUGCAUAUAGAGAGCACCUAGGAUUUACAGUCUGCUUCCAGGGGGCCUAUUUGCAUUUCCGGUUGGUCUGGAACAUCCGGGUCACUACAGGCCCUCCUGUUGCUGUGACCCCUUAUGGUUAUGCAUCCAAGUUUGAGAUCCACUUUGAUGACAAGUUUGAUGUGUCUUUUGGGAGAGAGGGAGAGACGAUGAGUCUAGGCUGUCGUGUAGUCAUCACUCCCGAAAUUAAACAUUUCCAGCCAGAAAUCCAGUGGUACAGAAAUGGAGCACCUGUUUCUCCAUCAAAAUGGGUGCAAACAAAUUGGAGUGGAGAACGGGCAACACUGACAUUUUCCCAUCUCAACAAGGAAGAUGAAGGCCUCUAUACAAUUCGUGUACGAAUGGGAGAAUAUUAUGAACAAUAUAGUGCUUACGUCUUUGUUCGAGAUGCUGAUGCAGAGAUUGAAGGAGCGCCAGCCGCUCCCUUGGAUGUGGUGUGCCUGGAGGCCAACAAAGAUUAUAUCAUCAUCUCUUGGAAACAGCCAGCUGUAGAUGGAGGGAGUCCUAUUCUGGGAUACUUUAUUGAUAAAUGUGAGGUGGGCACAGACAGCUGGUCUCAGUGCAAUGACACACCUGUGAAGUUUGCCCGUUUCCCAGUCACUGGACUGAUAGAAGGUCGUUCCUAUAUAUUCCGAGUCCGAGCUGUGAAUAAAACUGGAAUAGGCCUACCCUCUCGAGUCUCCGAGCCUGUGGCUGCCCUGGACCCCGCUGAGAAAGCUAGACUUAAAAGUCGCCCUUCAGCACCCUGGACUGGACAGAUCAUUGUCACUGAAGAGGAACCUUCAGAGGGUAUUAUUCCUGGGCCCCCCACAGACCUCUGUGUCACUGAGGCUACCCGGAGCUAUGUGGUGCUCAGCUGGAAGCCCCCUGGCCAGCGUGGCCAUGAGGGCAUUAUGUACUUUGUUGAAAAGUGUGAAGCAGGAACAGAAAAUUGGCAGCGGGUGAACACAGAGCUCCCAGUGAAGUCUCCCCGCUUUGCUCUGUUCGACUUGGCUGAGGGGAAAUCCUACUGUUUCCGCGUCCGCUGUUCUAAUUCCGCAGGAGUUGGGGAACCCUCAGAGGCAACAGAAGUGACCGUGGUAGGGGACAAGCUUGAUAUCCCCAAGGCCCCUGGCAAAAUCAUCCCAAGCAGAAAUACAGAUACCUCCGUGGUAGUUUCCUGGGAGGAGUCCAAAGACGCUAAAGAGCUGGUCGGGUACUACAUAGAGUCGAGCGUUGUUGGCUCUGGCAAGUGGGAGCCCUGCAACAACAACCCCGUGAAGGGCUCACGAUUUACUUGUCAUGGAUUGGUGACUGGUCAGAGUUAUAUUUUCCGGGUCAGAGCAGUCAAUGCAGCUGGACUUAGUGAAUAUUCCCAGGAUUCAGAAGCUAUUGAAGUCAAAGCUGCUAUUGGGGGAGGAGUGUCUCCAGACGUGUGGCCUGCACUGAGCGAUGCACCUGGUGGACUAACAGCCUCCAUGGGGGGCGUGCAUGAAGCCUCUCCACCAACCUUCCAGAAAGAUGCUUUACGCGGUAGCAAACCUAACAAACCUUCACUACCCAGUAGCUCCCCAAACCUGGGCCAAACAGAAGUGAGUAAAGUAAGUGAAACAGUUCAGGAAGAGCUUACCCCACCACCACAGAAAGCAGCUCCUAAGGGGAAAAGUAAGUCUGACCCCCUGAAAAAGAAGAAGGACAUAGCGGCACCAUCUCCACCCUAUGGUAUCACUUGUCUUGAAAGUUGUCGUGACUCAAUGGUUCUUGGAUGGAAGCAACCAGAUAAGACCGGAGGGGCAGAAAUUACUGGCUAUUAUGUGAACUAUCGAGAGGUAAUUGGUGGGGUGCCAGGAAAAUGGAGAGAAGCCAACAUCAAGGCUGUCAGCGAUGAGGCAUACAAGAUUAGUGACCUGAAGGAAAACAUGGUGUAUCAGUUCCAAGUAGCAGCCAUGAACAUCGCUGGGCUGGGUGUGCCCUCAGCAGUAAGCGAGUGCUUCAAAUGUGAAGAGUGGACCAUUGCUGUCCCAGGACCACCACAAAGUCUCAAGUAUAGUGAAGUCAGGAAAGACUCCCUGGUCCUACAUUGGAAACCUCCAGUCCACUCUGGAAGGACUCCAGUCACUGGUUACUUUGUGGACAUGAAAGAGGCCAGUGCCAAAGAUGACCAAUGGCGAGGACUCAACAAGGCAGCUAUUAAAAACAUGUACCUGAAGGUGCGAGGUCUGAAGGAGGGUGUCAGCUACGUGUUCCGCGUACGAGCCAUAAACCAGGCAGGAGUCGGGAAGCCAUCUGACCUCGCUGGCCCUGUUGUGGCAGAGACCCAUCCAGGAACCAAAGAAGUUGUUGUAAAUGUGGAUGAUGAUGGAGUCAUUUCAUUGAAUUUCGAAUGUGAUCAGAUGUCUCCAAAGUCCGAGUUCAUCUGGUCCAAAGAUUAUGUGUCCACGGAGGACUCUCCUCGACUAGAAGUUGAAAGCAAAGGCAACAAGACGAAAAUAACGUUCAAAGACCUCGGGAUGGAUGACGUGGGCAUUUACUCUUGCGAUGUAACAGACACUGAUGGAAUAGCAUCGAGCUACUUAAUAGACGAGGAAGAAUUGAAACGUUUACUUGCUCUCAGCCAAGAACACAAGUUCCCAGUUGUCCCAGUUAAAUCAGAGUUGGCAGUUGAAAUUCUGGAGAAAGGGCAGGUCCGGUUUUGGAUGCAGGCUGAGAAGCUAUCUGGCAACGCCAAAGUCAACUACAUAUUUAACGAAAGGGAAAUUUUUGAAGGGCCGAAAUAUAAAAUGCAUAUUGACCGAAACACUGGCAUAAUUGAAAUGUUCAUGGAAAAGCUACAGGAUGAUGAUGAGGGAACAUACACUUUUGAGCUUCACGAUGGAAAAGCCACCAACCAUUCUACUCUAGUUCUCAUUGGUGAUGUGUACAAAAAACUCCAGAAAGAAGCUGAAUUCCAGGUGGCAAAUAUUAAGAAGGAGACUCAUAUCGUGUGGUACAAAGAUGAAAGGGAGAUAUCGGUGGAUGAGAAGCAUGACUUUAAGGAUGGUAUAUGUACCUUGCUUAUAACAGAGUUUUCCAAGAAAGAUGCUGGGAUUUAUGAAGUUAUCCUGAAAGAUGACCGAGGAAAAGAUAAGAGCAGACUGAAGCUUGUGGAUGAAGCCUUUAAAGAACUGAUAACAGAAGUAUGCAAAAAAAUAGCUUUGUCUGCUACAGACCUGAAAAUUCAGAGCACAGCUGAGGGCAUCCGGCUGUACUCUUUUGUUACUUACUACUUGGAUGAUUUGAAAGUUAACUGGUCCCACAAUGGGACUGCUAUAAAGUACUCAGACAGAGUUAAGAGUGGGGUCACCGGAGAGCAGAUCUGGCUACAAAUCAAUGAGCCCACUCCGAAUGACAAAGGAAAAUAUGUGAUGGAGCUCUUUGAUGGCAAAACUGGACACCAGAAGACAGUGGAUCUUUCUGGACAAGCAUAUGACGAGGCCUUUGCUGAAUUCCAGAGGUUGAAACAAGCUGCCAUUGCCGAGAAAAAUCGCGCCCGGGUGCUGGGCGGUCUCCCCGACGUGGUCACCAUCCAGGAGGGCAAGGCCCUUAAUCUCACUUGCAACGUGUGGGGCGACCCAAGUCCCGAAGUCUCGUGGUUGAAGAACGAGAAGCUCCUGGCCUCAGAUGACCACUGCAACCUCAAAUUUGAGGCCGGGAAGACGGCCUACUUCACCAUCAAUGGCGUGACCACCGCUGACUCUGGCAAAUACGGGCUGGUUGUGAAGAACAAGUACGGCUCAGAGACGAGUGACUUCACUGUCAGCGUGUUCAUCCCAGAAGAGGAGGCCAGGAAGGCUGCUCUGGAGUCCCAGAAGGGCGGCAAGAAGGCCAAGUGACGGGAGCCUGGCGGCGGGGGCGCCAGGAGAGCCGAGGAGAGCUGAGCUGACCUGUGCCACUGGUGUGAGGAUGGUUUGGGUUAAGGAGGAGGAAGUCUUCAAGCUUUCUCCUCCCUAUUUUGUGCUGGUUUAGGGGAAAACUUGUCAUGUCUUUUAUUCGUAUAAAAAAAAGCACAAACUAAU